AUGGUAGCUCGGAAAAUUGAUCUUGAGGAGAAGAGGGUGCAUGCACCUAAUCCGAUGAUUCAGGAGACAUUUUUCUCACUACCUGUUGUACCUGCACCGGCAAUCCCUGAGGUUGCGGUGCAAGCACCUGUUGUAACUCUAACCAUGAUAACUAUGGGGGAAGAUCCGGAACUUGUUCGUCAGGAGCCGACUGAACGUGUUGUUGAGCAUGAAGGGAAGGUGCAGCAGCCACUUUUAAAAGAUGUGACGGAAGCAAAAAAGCACUCAGCACCCGAGACUACUUGUUUGGACAAAACUGACGUUGUACAUGUGAAGUACCUUGAAGUGCUGGAGAGUUCGCCAGAGAAGAAGGAACCAGUAUCUGAAGCUAAUUUUGAAACUAUCUCAGAAGAAAACUCUCAGAGAGUCCAAGCUACUCCCGAAGAGAGAUUAGUAACCCAAAGAAUGAUGCCAGAACACAGAGAUUCCAGAUGUAGUUCUGGUGAUGACCAAAUCCCAAGAGAGCCAAGCAGCUUGAUGUUUGAGGCCACGCUUAGAGAUGACGGCACGGAGACGGAGAUUCGGGAAGCCAAGUACCGGCGCAUACGGAAUGAGGAGAAAGGAGAAGUAAAGCAGCCAGUGAGACCAAGUGACAGAUCUCGUAUCUCUGUAGUCGACACCAUUCCUCCUAAUGCUUAUCUUGGUGAACACCAGAUGAAGUCAAGCUUUGGAGAUGCAAAUGGUAGUCAGCGCGCAGACGGGAGGAAUAUGGACGGUCCUAGCAGUGUUAGUGGGCUUGAGAAAGACCGCGCCGAGCUUUUACGGAUGCUUGAUGAGCUGAGGGAUCAGGUGCAGAGAUCCUGCGAAAUCACUGAGAAGCCCAGUGUAGGCGCCUCCACAAGUAGAGUGGCGGAUGCCUCGAGCUCAUACAGUCCUCAUGAACUGCUGAGUCGGUUGCGGCACGGCUCGCCUCAGUUACAGCGGAACGGUUCUCAGUGCUCACCAUCCUUGAGUGGGCAAAAUCCUGGCGUUCCGCAUACUUAUGCUUCAGUCCCCACACAUCAAGAUCUACAUGGAUAUAGAGAGCCUGCCACACACAUGGGGGCUCCUUGCUAUCCUGUUGGUCAGUAUCCAUGGAGGAAUUGUGACAGUUAUUUCUUCGGACAGCAUAAUCAUGACCCUCUCGUCUCUUACCACCAUGGCGGUUUCUACCACCAGCCUGCUUGCUCUUGCCUGCAUUGUCAUCACCGUGAGUUCUUGCCUGUUCAGGGGGCUCCGGUGGGUUUCAAUCAUCACAGGGUGCCAUAUCCUGGGGCGUACCCAGUUAACGGUUCUGUGAUGUUUGGCAUGCAAAAUAACAAUUCGAGAGGCAUCAAUGCUUCGAUUCACCGCGGUCACAUGAGGGGCAACCUGAGCAAGAAGCCUCCGCAAACAUGUGAACCGAUUGCCUGCGGAGCCCCAUUUACCAUAUGCUACAACUGUUAUGAAGUGCUGCAACUUCCCAAGAAGUGCCCCUUGCCGGGGAAGGAUGAGUACAAGCUACGUUGUGGGUCAUGCUCUCAUGUGAUCGUGGUCAAGCUUGAUGGAAGCAGGCUUGAUGUUUCAGCGCCUUCGCCAAUUUCGCACAUGUCUGCUGCUAGUAGAAAUAACUCCAGUGAUGUCCAAGGAAGCAAUGCAUACUCUGCUACUGAUGAGAGACUGCUUCCGCUUUACAGCUUUUCUGCAGGGAGUCAUUGCUCUCGAGAAAGAGAUCUGCAAUCAAACUCAAGUGACACAGAAAAGGUGCAGGGUAUAUCAUCGUCUUCUAGCAUUUUUGAAGAUGAGAAUAAUCCUGCGAGAUCUAAUUCACAGAGGGGCACCCCUAGGUCUAGUGAUCUGCCCGUUGAAGCCCAAGUUGUUAGCCGUGUUCCGAGUUUACCUCUUCAUCAUCAUUUUGCACAUUCACCAUCUGAGAGGGUGGUUAAUGGAUCAGGAAAAGGAAGCAGAAGUACCCGGUCUGAGCAUGAGAAGACAGUAUUGACUGAAACUUGUAGACACAACACUGUAAAAGAUGUACGUGUAGUGAGUGUGAUGAGCCUGUCAGAUGAUGAGUACGAGGAUCCAGACUGCAGUCAAGAUCCCGGUGUUGGGGCUCAACAUGUAGAUCGCUCUAUUGCCACGAAAACGGGUGAUUCAUUCUUUACCAAUCUCAUGAAGAAGAGUUUUAAAAUCAACAACGGAAUGGGCAAUGGCAGAGCAAAGGUAUUCAUUAAUGGCUAUCCCAUCUCCGAUCGUGCUGUCAAGAAGGCUGAGAAGAUUGCCGGACCAAUCUAUCCUGGUGAAUACUGUCCAAAAUAUAACCCUCUAGCAUCAUUGACAUCUGACAUUUUCCUUGUAUCUUUGUUUAGGUAUGAUUACCGUGCAGGGUUCUGGGGUGUAAUGGGCCAAUCGUGCCUUGGCAUGAUACCUCCCUACAUUCCGCAACUUAACUAUCCUAUGCCCAAGAACUGCGCCGGUGGAAAUACUGGUAUUUGUAUCAAUGGGAGAGAACUUCACCAGAAAGAUUUCGACUUGCUCGUGGGUCGAGGUCUCUCAGAAUCUCCUGACAGAUCAUAUAAGGUUGAGAUGUCUGGUAAAGUGUACGAUGAAGUCUCUGGUGAAGAACUUUAUUGUCUUGGCAAACUUGCACCAACGUAA